AGCAAUGGGGGAAGUUUGUAAAGAGAGACACACUGACUCAUGGAUUGCUGUCAUUUGGCGAAUAUGCAACGUUUUCAUGUGUUUCUUCUUCUCUCUUGCAACAUAUGUACAGAUCAAUGAUCCAGACGCAGGGUUAUGGAUGGUUGGUUAUGGUGUCCCUGCAGUCCUGUGUGCUUUGAUUGGUUUGAAACCAAAUGUGACAGAGACUUUGCCCUGGAGGCGUGUUGCAGAUCUCCAUGUGAUGAUUUCCAGCGCAGUUGUUUCCAUGUUGGGAUGGAGACUUUAUAAAGAGAGAAUCACAGACAUCUUCCAGCAGGAGGAGGGCAGAGAAUUUUCUGGUCUCAUGUUAACCAUUGGUUGGCUUCUUCUGUGUCGCCACUCUGGAAGGGCUCCAGUCGGGAUACUCAGAGUCUCAACAGCUGUUGCCAUCACAGUCUUCCCCUUUGUGGCCUGGCUUUAUUACUAUAUCAAUGAGGAGCUGAGAACAAACUGGCCAUCACAUUGUCAAAAUGCUAUUUAGAUGUGAGCUUCCGGUCUCUUUCUGGCUGUUUAAAUAUUCCUUUUGUUAUGCUCUUUGACUGAAAAUCCUGGACCAAGAAUGCUGCCGAAGUUAACUUUGUGGCAUAUCAUUAUUUCUGACAGCUAAGGUGUAUUGAAAUGGUGUAAUUAAAAAUCAAGAAAACUAUUUUUUCAUCAAAUGUUUACA